UGCAGUGUAAUGCUGUGCAAGUCUAGUACAGUUGCGUGGACUUGCAUUGAUGGACUUCUAUGCCGUUCUUGGAGUGGAGGUCACAGCCUCUCAUCCGGAAAUCGUCAAGGCCUUCCGAACAAAGUCUCUACUCCUGCAUCCGGACAAGAAUGCCGAAGAGGCAUCUGCGGAGCAGUUCCAGAUUCUACAGUCUGCAUACGAAACGCUGAAAGAUCCGCAGAAGCGUCUACACUAUGACGCUGGACGGCUUCUCCAACCGAUUUGGCAAAGACUAGGCAUCCCUGAAGCCAUGAAUGAUGUGGUGAUAGCUCGUGUGGCGGAGGGAUUGAGAGAGCCUGAGGGAAGAGUUGAGGAGGUCGUGAUGCAAGAGGAGAUCGUUAGCCAGUUGAGGAACGGGGCAUUGCGGUCAAUGGAGGCACAAUCGGGGGCUUCUUUGCUCCCCUUUGACACCGACAUUCCUGGUCAAUCAGUGAUCUUGGUGAGUGGAACUCCCAGGAGUGUGGACGAUGGCAAAAACCAACUGAAUUUUUUUCGCAACCACGUCUUGGGACUUUCAGCUCCAGCGGGGGGACUGAUCUUCAUAGUUCCAUCAGAUCUCAUUUGCCGCAUGCCGAUCAUGGAGCAGAACUUCAGAACCUUGCCUCAGCGUUUUCCUGGAGCACAGAUCUCCAAAGUCUAUCAUGGCAGGAUUCAAGUCACUGGCAACAAUCAGCCAGAAGUUGUGGGACAACUGCUGAGAUGGGUGGACUACAGAGGACGAGUUUUGCUUCGCAUCCCUGGUUCCGGUGAUUCCGAACUAGACGUGUGGAUGUAUCAGCAUUUUCUUGAAGUACGAAAAAUCAAGUGUGGCACAUUGAUUCCCAACGACAAAAUGCCUGACCACCCGACAGUACUCCAACUCCUGCGUUUUGCAUUGAACUUGACUCAAACUCCUGAGUCUGAGCUUUUGGUUCCUCUGUGCGUGAAAGUCUUGAAGGAGAAUUUGCUGACGGGACCUCUGAUUCAAGCAAUUUCCUCUGAUGCCGUCUAUCUUGAGUACAGCAAGCUUUCGAUUCGACAAAGAGCAGCUUUGUUGGUAGCUACAGCUACGCUUCUCACGUGCUCCAUGCGUGCACGGGCCAUCCGCUUUGCUUCUGAACCCUUGAUCAACACUCUGCAAUCUCUUUUGCGCUUCAUUGAGAGCCAAGACGGGUGCUUUCUGCGCAGCAGGGGCAUUAUUGCAGCCAAGGCGGUAGUUCCUGCCGACGCAAAGUGGCACGACUGGCACGAAUUUCUUGAAAGCACAGUGUUGUAUGUGCAUUGGCAGCGUUUGGUUCUCCACAGCUCUUCACAUGGUGGAGUACCACUUCCCAUGGAAUGGUACCUCCCUGAAGUCUUGGAGAUGGUUCUGGUGGGGGAUGAUGAUGUCGAAGUAUCCACUCAAGGCAUCAAGAUAGCUGCACGAAGUGUACAAACUCCUGAGGAGAAAUCAGUUCAUAGCACAACUUUGGUGGAGGAUGUGGAGGACGGAAUUUAUGAGUUGAUGCAGAAAAGUGAAACUAGCGUACUGGCACUGGACGUGGCCUUGCAGGAAACACAGAAGAUACAGAAGCUGUUUUUUCCAGAGGCUGGUUCCAUAACCAAAGAUUUUUUCCAGCACACCUCGUUUUAUGUGACAGAAGUUGCAGGCCACGGGCCGUUCGUGCAGUUGACCAAAGCUGGAACGGAACGAGCAGCGCAGAGAGAUGUGCACAACAAACAGAGAAGCAGCAGUGCAUCAGAGCUGAGUGUUGCACGCCUUGCAGCUCAGUACUUGAAACGUUUUCUGGGCUCAGGCAAUCUCACUGCAACUCAGUUGCCACCAGCCGCGACUGAUGAGUUCUGCGGCCUCUUCAUUUGCUUGAGUGAGACAUGCAGCAACUCAGAGAUGGCUGCAAGUAUACUGAAGCGCCUGGCGAACCUGCCGCCAAGACAGUUGAUCAGAGAUAUGCUCCCAUUCAACGUGGUCCAGUUGAUGCAGGGCGUGGUUUCAUUUCAGAAAGCCGCAGGAACUGGGAAGAAAGCGUUUGACCAUGAUUCAUUGAUGAUGCUGAUGAACGCAGCCUCCGCCGACAUCUUUGACAGCGAAUCAAGUCUGCCUGCCCCACUGCAUGUUGCGGCGGACUAUUUGAUUGAGGCCACGAGAACACCAUUUUUUGGCCUGAACUGGAAAGAUCUUCCCAUGCUGCCUGUGAGUGCAUCGCGUCGCAUCAUCAAGGAGUUGACGCCGGAGAACGCUGACACAUGCCCUGCUUGUCUCUCAGCAGACUACAGCACCAUCCAGGAUUUUGCAAAACUGUGCCAGCAGUUGGCCAAUUUCUACAUCCAUGCGUGCUCCCACCUGGUGCUUGAACACAGGCAGAAAGUGACAGAGGCAUUCAGCCUUGUAGCAAGUUCUUGCAAGCAGUUCUGUUUAGACAUAUCAGCGCAAAGUCCAUCUGCCUUGAAGCGAUUGGUCACAACAUUUGCGACCUUGGCAAAGGUGGAUUCAAGUGAGUCGCGCGACCUGGCAGCUGUGGCUGAAUCGGGAUUGGGAAGUUUGCGACCUAUCCUGGCACGCGCCCUUGUUCCGAAAAUCAAACUCAAGGAGCAGUGGGACUUGGGGAAGUGUGGGGCUGUUGCAACAGCUUACGCAGCUUACGGACCUUCUGAUGAUCAUUCCGAGCUGUUCGCACAGAUUGCAGAGGCAGCCACCAGGAUGGGGCGCAAACUGGCACGACAGAACAAACUGCAGGAGGUGUCGGUCUCUUGCUUUGAAAUCCUCAAAGCCUUCGCGGACCAAAGCCAGUUGCGGCAGCUGCAAGCAUUUCUGAAAAUCUUGAAGGAGGGUGGCUUGCUGGGGCAGAAACUGAAAGAAGUGGCACAUAGCUCUUCCGCUCCUUGGAAGCCAGGCGAAAACAAGGCACUUCGGCAAAUGGAGGUGGUGCACGUCCUGGCAGCUUUCGUCUGCACAGAAGAUCCUGGAGCAGAUGACUUUGCUUUUAGAUUCCUGGAGGGCAAGGACAUUGCAAUGCCGGCAAUGAUUGUGAUGUUGGACAACCUUCCAAGGUCAAAGGUGAAAAAGUUGCUCCUCGAAAAGGUGCUCACUGCGACCACAGUCCAAGUUCCGUCAACCAGGGAUUUGCAAAGGCUGGUGCAUGCAUGUCAAGAUGAUGCAGAUUGCAAAGCGCAGGUGCAGCAUUUUUUUUCUGGGAAGUCUCUUUUGGACUUGGUUCCAACCGAGCACAAGGACUUGCACGACCUUGUGAACACUCUCGAACAAUUUCUUGUGCCCUUCACCCAGAUGUCAGUGCCGCGCUUGGAAUCUCUUUGUGCUGGAAGGCUUAUGCAGUUUCUGGCGAAAGCUGGGACUACCAACAGUGAUGAGGUGGUCAAAGCUGGGCUGCAGUUCAAAGUGGAAGCUUUGGCAUCCAUGCCGUCACUCGUGCGGAGUUUGACAGAUGCGCUGACGGAAGCAGAGACCGGAUGGCAAACCUUGGUGAAACGGAUUGAGGAUUCGUGCUCCUUUAAGGCUGAGGAGUCCCACAAGGAUGAUUGCUUGGACACUUGGACCCAGCAAAUUGAAGAGGCCCUUGUGGCAUGUGGAAUGCCGGAAAUGCAAUGGGACCAGAUAGAGAUGAACCUCAUGAGAAGCCAAGACCUUCAGGAAGUCCAAGCUGCUCUUGGGCGAAAUUGGCUGUCAAUAGUGUUGGCAAGAAGCAAACAUGUGUUGUGGAAAGGAGGUGAGACUGUUCGCAUCGAUGUCCGGGCGUCAAAGCCUGAGGAGCCUGCAGAACCUGCGCCGCGAGAGCGUUCUCGGUCUCGCUCCAAAAUCUCCAGGAUCAGCGAGAUUCAAAAGCCAGAUGUGUUGGAGCAACAAGUGCCCAAUACAGUGCCCAAUACAGUGCCCAAAGGGUUCACAGAGCUUCCGAGUGGCGCAAGCCCAACCCUUGAAGCAACCCGUCGUGCAGCCCAUCGUGACGCCGGUGGUGCAUCCCGUGCAGCCAGUGCAACGGGUGCUCCGAAAAGCAAAGCGCAGAAGACUUCGGCAUCGCCUCCUUCACCUCCAGGCGCUGGUUCUCAAGGUGCUCAAGGGGCCCAGGGCCAUGAAGGCCCAGCUGUCCGUGAUGCACAAGAUGCAAAGUUAGGAAGAGGACAAGAGGAUCUGAGAGAGUGGCUGAGAUCAGCCGAUCCAACAGGCACAGGAAAACUUCUGAAGUAUGGAGACAAACUGACACAAGAGCUGGACGAUCUGAUGGACCUGUUGGAAUUCGUUCGAGACGAGAGUUGGUUGGCAGCUCCAUCAACCGUGGAUCGCAUAGAUCCUAGCUUUUUCCAGUGCAUCCAGUGCACCCAAGCCGGCCACAAGAUGCUGUUGGCCAAAGCAAUCAUGAAACUGGUAGCAGCCAGAUCAUAGCGCCGUGUGCGAGAAGAA